AUGUUAUAUAUUCAACAAUAUCAACAUCAUCGCCAAGAUUUUUUAAGACAAUAUCAACGUCGCCAUACAUUAGCCCAUCAAAACUUUUCACUUUGUAGUAAUGAAUAUAAUGAAAAGUUUCCAAAAAUAUCUCGACCAAAAACUUCAAGUAUUUCUUAUUCACAUAAUAAAACAUUUGUUUUUCUAUCUGGAAUAGCAUCAUUAGAAAUGAAAUCCACGACUGAGAACCGACAAAAAACAGGCUUAACAAGAGAAAAUAAAGAUUCAAUGAAAACUGCAUACAGAGGUUCAAUACCAAAUUAUGACAAAAAAAUGCCAAUGGAAACUACUGAAAAGUUCUCUGCCGUGUCUCGUCAUCAAAUGUCGAAUAAUUUGAAUCGAUUGGUCAAGUCCACAACGAUAAGGAACCAUAUCCCUAACUCUGCUUUCUUACAUCCUCCAAUACUUCCGGAAUUUGAUCGACCUACAACAGCUCCACUUAUGUUCGAAAAAAAUAUCUCACGAUCCGUAUCUGAACUGAUAAAACCUUCAAUGCCUUCCAGUUCAUCGACACCAUUACGAAAUACAGGUUCAGCAGAGUCAUUGGAUAAUCAUGACGAUUCGAGAGAUUCACGUUACUAUCAAUACACAUCGGGAGUAUUCAAAAAUGAAAAUCGUUCUGUGCGUGAACCUCAAAUGGUUAGAAAUAGUCAUAUGAGUGAUACUAACAAUAGCAGCAAUCGUAAUAGUUUUUUCUAUUCGUCUUUUGAUACUAAUUCACCUGGUAAAUCAACUAUAAAUAAUGAUGACGAACCGAAAACACCUUAUCGUAGCAAUCAAUGUCGAACGAAUGGUUUUCAACAUAUAGCAAAUUUAGGUAGUUGGCAACGUAAUACAAAAAAUAAGCCAAUAGUAAUAGUAGAAAAACCCAGAGAAAUACAAUGUGAUGAAGAAACUGCUGAAGAUAGUGAUCAUCCACCAUCGAAUUCGUCAAGAACAAAUUAUGAAUAUAAAAGUCCGUUUCCUGAAGAAAAUGAUCAAGCUAUUUUGUUACAGACACAAAGUCAAGCACAUAUUAGUAUUAACGAAUGGAAUUUGAAAGAUUUCUAUCGUGAUAGUAAAACACAAGUUGAACCGGAUACAAAUACGAAACUAGUUUUUGAAAAAUGUCUUAAAUUAGCCAGGAUGCAAGCUCAUACAAUUAAAUGGGAGCAACGUCGUCGUCAAAAUUUAAUUAUCUAUAAUCGCCUUCUUAAAAAUGGUUCAUUCGAUAAUAAUACGAUAAAUUCUCAUGGAGUUUUUCCAUCAAAAAAUAAUAACGAAAAAGAUAUUCGAGAUAUAAAUGAAUUAAAACGUGAAUUACGUUGUAAUGAAUGUAAACGAUUAGCAUGUCUGGGCAACUGCGCACCUGGCAAUGAAUAUCGUCAAUAUAAACGUUACACUCCGUUUUCACCAUUGCCGAGUACACGUGAACAAAUUCGUAAUAAACUUAAUUUGCGUACACAACGCUCGACCACAGAUUUACGUCCUUGCUCAGUGCAACACACGAUACGAGAAACAAAAUUUAAAUUCGAACCAUCGAACUUCAACCCGAUUGUUGUUCUACCUUUGUACGACAAUGAAUCUCAAACUAAACGUCCAUCAAAAAAAUCAGCGCAUCGAUAUCUACCAACUAAGUCACUUCGUUCACAACGACGAGAAACAUUAGCGCUUCUUGCAACACCGAAAGUUUCAACUUGA